GGUUUGAGGUUCCCGGCGCGGAUUGUGUGUGUGUUUGUGUGGGGGGAGGCCAGGCCGGAGUGAAGUUGGAUCAGCAAAGCAUCUUGAUUCCUUGGGGCAGCCGAGAUGAAUAAAGAAGGUGGAUUCCGAAAACGAAAACAUGAUAACAUGCAGCCUCGUAACCGAAAGGAGGAAAGGGAAAGCAAAGUAAAUCCAGCCUCUCCAGUGUUAUUAUCCUUUAAAUCUUUCCAAAAGGAGCUAGAUGCUAAGCACGAUAAAUAUGAGAGGCUAGUAAAACUUGGUCGUGAUAUUACUAUUGAAAGCAAACGGAUUAUUUUUCUUCUGCACAGAGUAACCAGUGUUGAUGACAUUGAAGAAUUACUGAAUGAGUCUGAGGCCAGAUUUCGUGAUGUUAGAUCAAAGAUCCAGCAAAUUUCCCAGGAAUUGAUUGGUGAAGACAUGUGCCAAUUUCACCGAGCAUUUUCUCCAGGAUUACAGGAAUAUGUAGAAGCUGUUUCGUUCCAACAUUUCAUUCGGACCAGAAGCCUCAUUAGCCUUGAAACAAUUAAUAGACAUUUAGUCUUUACUCCAACGGAAGUGGAAGCAGACAAUGUUGAGAACUCGGCCUUGCCUGAUUCACAGGAUGAGAAACAAGGACAAAAAUCCCUUUGCCUGCAGGUGACCCCCACAGACUACCUGUUGGGGAUCGCAGAUUUGACUGGUGAAUUGAUGCGCAUGUGUAUCACCAGUGUAGGCAAUGGGGAUAUUGAAACACCUUUUGAAGUGAGCCAAUUUCUACGUGCAAUCUAUGAUGGAUUUACUUACAUUGGUAAUACUGGACCUUAUGAAGUUUCCAAGAAGCUUUACACAUUGAAACAAAGUUUGGGAAAGGUGGAAGAUGCUUGUUACACAUUGACUGUGAGAGGCUCCGAAAUUCCAAAACACAUGCUUGCUGAUGUGCUUAGCUCAAAAACAUCCAUGAGCGAACAUGAGGAAGGCGUAUAACUCGUCAUAUAUCGGGGAGAAAGGAAUUAUAAUAAAAGCUAUUUGUUAGCUUUGUAUGAGAUACAUUUGUGUAAUUGUUUUGUUCAGUUGCAGAUUGUGCAACCAAAUGAUCCAAUAUUAGAUGCUUUCACAUUUUUGCAAAUGUUCAACUGUAACGUGUGUAUUACAUUACAGAAUUUAUUUUCUGGAGGUUGCUUUGACUAGAAAUAUAGUUGAAUUUUUAACUAGGAUUUUAACCUACUCUCCAAAAUACUGCUUCUGUUCAAAAUGAGUAAAAACCUUUUCAGUUUAAAAAAUACAUUCAAUAAUAUGAGAAUCUGAUAACGCUACUACUGCUCCUUUAUCGGAAGAUCUAUGAAGUCUCAAUUAUGACCUAAUUUUGUUUUCAAGUUGAUGAUGCUAAUUGGUGAUUGGCUAUCAGAUGGGGUUCUCUUUUUUCCCCCCAAAUGUCCUUUGUUUUGUAGGGUUUGCAGUCAGUUUAUAAAUAGAAAUUUCCACCUUCCUAUGAAAGUGCUUUUUUGCUGAAAGUUCUACUUUUUGUAUCUCAGAACUAAUUCAAUUAUGUUUCAGUAGAUACAAUAAAGAAACUGCAACUCUUACAUUAAUUCUUAAAAUUUAAAUUAGGAAUUAUAAUCAGUUUAUUUGGAUUCUGUGGGUGAUGCAACUACAUUCUUUAGACCAGUAAAUUGAAUAAGGCACCUUAGAGAGGAAAUUACAAUUGUAUGCAUUAUGAAAACUGAAAAUGUUGGCAAUAAUCAGAUUAGGCAGUACCUAUGGAGAAGGAGAAACAGCAUUCAGGUUUUAGGUACGUUAAUGUUACAAUGGCCUGAGGCAUCAAUUAUUUCUCAGGCUCCAUAGAUGCAGCCUGACCUGCUCAGUAGGUUCAAAGUUUUUUUUUGUUUUUAUUUCAAAUUUAAACAUUUGCAGUAUUUUGUUUCUGUGUUUUCAUAUGUUGGCUUGAUUUGCAUCUUUGAAUAUGAGGUCGUUAUUGAAGUUCUAUUAAGUCUUUAAUAUAAGUGCAUAAUAAUUAAGAAUAUUGUUGCAAAAAUUGCUGUUCCAUUUUGUGU